AUGACUUCCAUCGUAUUCCCCACCAGUUUGAGCCUCGAUAACCGCAAGCCAGCACACGCAGGCACCUUGACAGCCGAUCAGGUAGACAUGCUCAAGAGCAUGUGGCUGCGUCUUCUAACCUUGUUCCAACAAUCUGGACAAGAAAUACAGCUUGCUCAUCGUCAGCAAGAAUCUCAAGACAACAGCACCAGCAAGAAGGGUGGAUUCUUUAGCUUCGGUACCAAAAAGGAAGAGCCAGCGCAUGAUUACUUUUUGGGAGCUACCAGCGAUCCUCGAUGGACCAGUUUACCCCUAGAAAAAGCAUUGCCCAUGAUACCAGGUAAAUUGUUGCGCGAAGCAUUUUGGGGCAUGGUAGCGACAGACAACCCAGACUCCACCUUGCUGCGUUUUCUCCGUGCACGUAAAUGGGACUUGGACGCUGCUUACAACAUGUUGACCAACACAUUGCGUUGGCGAUUGGAGAUGAGAAUCAAUGAGAUUGUGUCUCUUGGAGAAACUGGGCUGAUUGAGGAAUUGGAAAAGGCCAAGAAGGGAUUAGGAGCGGCAUUCAAGAAGCAAUUGGAGCAAAAAAUGGUGACAUUGGGUGGCCCUGAUAGAAGAGCUCGUGGCGUUUGUUUUGUCAAUGUCCAAAUGCACCACAAGGACGAUCAGCCUUUGGAAAUCAUGAAAUUAUUGACCAUUUAUGUGAUGGAGACAUCUCGUGUCAUUUGCGAUUACCCUAUGGAUACCGUGUGCAUUGUUUUCAACCUGGAGAAUUUCACAAUGGCCAACAUGGACUUUGAAGUAGUCAAAUUUUUGGUAGGCUGCUUCCAAGCAUAUUACCCAGAGACACUUGGCCUUGCAUGUGUGCAUAAGGCGCCAUGGGUCUUUUCCACCAUCUGGAACUUGAUUACACCUAUUUUAGAUCCUGUAGUUGCCAGCAAGAUUGUGUUUACCAAGAAUGUAGAUGAACUUGAGAAAUACGUAGCCAGUGAUAGUUUGCCGAUCAUCAUCACAGGUGACAAAAGCCACCCAGCCAUGGAUGAUCUGAAAGCAGAGACCACACCCAAAGCAGGUUAUCGCUUAUUGCCAGCCACUGAUCCUCGCAUCAUGAACUAUUGGAACACAGUAGUAGACUAUGAGAACAAGACAGAGAAUUGGUGCAAGAUUCGCGAAUUCGGUGGAGAUGAGGAUGCUAUGGAUCGUUUGAAAUUGGGUCAGAAUUACCGUGUAACACGAGUUAAAGCAGAAAAAAUCAUGCGUGGAGAAACUGUGUACCAUGUCAAGGGGCUGAUUCGAAUUGAUGACAAUGAUAGACUUAUCAUCAACUACAAUACCAGCACAUGGAGCGAGAAAGACAUUACAGAUUGGGUAUAA